AGAUAUGAAAAGUCCGUUCUAAAGAAAGAUACAAACGUAACACAAGCUCGUGAAUUGGUCAUUGAAAGUAAACACUCCGUCGUAAACAAUGAACGCCGGACUAAUAUUAAUUUGCCUGAUUUUAAGUGGCAUUUCAAAAGUGUUGGCCGUUCGUAUAUGCUGUAGCCCCAAAUCCAUAUUAUUCAAAUACCGUGGCGCGGAUAAUUCGGAUAUCUAUCAAUGUACUUCCACCGAAGCUAAUCUCAAAGAAUUUCCGGAUACGAUAGAAGUGAUUGGGGAAAUGAUAGCCCUGGAGGGCCUCGGUUUGGAGGCCCACCCAAAUGACUCAGAAUUAAAAUUUCAGUUACCAAAGUGUACGAACUACAAGGUCUACAAUAUAACCGAACAAAGUGAAAGUUUAUUGAAUUUAAAAAAUAAUUCUUGUAUUGGCCUGUUAAAUAACAAGCAGCUUUUAAGUUUAUCUUGUGAUUUUGAAAAGAAUGUGCCGCCUCAAAAUGUCGGAUUUGUAUACAAGUGUUGCCCACUGGGAUCUGUUUAUGUUUCCGAAAAUAAUACAUGCUUGAUUGGAGAAACAGAUUUUCUUGUUUAUUCGCCUAUCAUUAAUAGUCCAAAAGUGUUUUUUGAUAACACCUUACAAUGUUCGGACAAUCACGCACUCGUGGAAUACACGGUUUCCUCGAAAGAUGUCAAGUUCAACAAGGAUUCGUUGUUUUGGAAAGACGGAUCAAUUGUUUUGGAAAGAAACAAGUUUUGUUUGGAUGCUAUCUUUGAGCGGGAACCUUCAUCAAAAUCUACAAUUAAUUCCACACAAAAGUAUCUGAUACGAGCCUGCCAGUCAACGAAAAUAUGCCAAACCCUGCCUUGCAUUCGAAGAUGCUGUGGCGAAGGCGAAAUCUAUGCCAAAGCCAAUUUUACAACCUACUGCAAACGCGAUGAGACUGAUAAUAAAUUCCAGGGAUUUCAAAACCUUAACAUAAACGCAAACUUUUCAAAACCGCGCGAGUUUGGAAUACUUCAUGGGCAAGAUUGUCAGAAAUUUCGUUUGGAUCCAGACAAUUUUCCAGACGACUCGCACACAAUUAGCUCAUCCAAUGGAUCCCUUAUUAUUCAGAAUACCCGAAAAUUAUACACAAACGCCCAAUACUGCUUGGAAAGAGUUAGAUCUCAUCAAAAGCUGUACACAUUUUUGUGUUUUGAUACAAAGGUAGUUGGCAGUGACCGCAUUCGUUUCAAAAUGUAUCCGAUUGGCCUCCUCAUAUCUUGUUGCUUUUAUGCAUUAACUCUAAUUGUUUACAUAUCAAUUGCCAAGUUGCGAAAUCUUCCCGGAAAGAUUCUUAUUUGCCUGGUUAGUAGUCUAUUUGCGGCGUAUCUGGGAAUUGCAUUGGGACAGCUGAAGCCCACAUCUAACGAUGACGUCUGCUUUAUUUCUGGGUUUUUCGUGUAUUUCUGUUUAAUGGCUGCGUUUUCCUGGAUGAAUAUAACUUCUUUCGAUAUAUGGAAGACUUUUGGUUCAACCAAGAUUAAAAGCUGCGAGAAAAGAGAUCAAAGAAAACAAUUUAUUUGGUAUUCCUGCUACGGUUGGGGACUUCCCACAUUGUUAACUGCCAUCACAAUAUCAUUUACCAAGUCCAACAUAUUACCAGAUGUGGUUAGACCUAAUUUUGGGCACGGUCGUUGCUGGUUUACCUAUGAUUCCUUUGGAUCAGCUAGCUUGGUUUUUUUCUCAGGACCUGUUGGAAUACUCUUUAUUUUCAACCUAGUUCUUUUCGUUCUGACGCUUAAAUAUUGCAACAAAGUCAAAAAUGAAAUUUAUAAAAUGCAAAGCUUAAACAGCGACAAGCCCGUACUAAAAAGACGAUUUUUCCAAGACAAGACCAGAUUUGUUAUGAAUACAAAGUUAUGCUUUGUCAUGGGCAUUACGUGGCUUCUAGAGAUUGUGAGCAUUCUAUUUUACGAUCAUAAAAAAACAUUUUUCUGGUCAAUUAGCGAUUCAUUUAAUGUGCUCCUUGGGAUAUUCGUCUUCUUUAUAUUUGUUUUCAAACGAAGAAUUUGGAACGAAAUUUUAAUUAGACUAGGUAUCCAGUCAGAGACUACCAUCACAUCAAACAGAAACCGUGUUGGCCUAACCAAAUCCUAUGCCCCGACUAGCACAGCAUUGACAACGCUUAGAUCGUCUCCAGGGAUCAGCGAUAUUACCCGAAAACCCUCGUCGGGAGCAGAGAACGAAAUUAUGCUUUAG